AUGCCAUUUCUCAAGCCAUUCAGCAGUAAUGGUCAAUCCAACGCCGUGACAGAGGAGAUCGCAGUUGCCCAACCCGAGAAUACAAUACAAGAAGACAAAGAAGCUGUCGUGCCUGAUCAACAUGCACAGGCAGGAGUACAGAAGAUCGAGGCUGUGACUCUAGUCUGGUCGAAGUGGUCGCUCGCUGCGCUUCUGAUCAACAUCUGGAUCAUCUUCUUGACUAAUGGCCUACGGCUCUCCAUCCUUGCCAGCUUGACGCCGUAUGUAACCAGCGACUUCCAAUCCCACUCGCUGAUUACCGUGAUUGGAAUCGUAGCCAAUGCGAUGACGGCCGCGGUGUACAUUCCAAUGGCCAAGCUGCUGGAUGUCUGGGGUCGAGCAGAAGGGUUCCUCCUCGCCGUGGCUUGUUCUACUCUUGGUGUGGUUCUGAUGGCGGUGUCAAACAAUCUGGCGACGUUCUGUGCUGCACGGGUGUUUUACUCCAUCGGAUUCGCAGGCAUCAUCUAUACAGUCGCCGUUCUCGCCGCUGAUGUGACUUCUUUGCGAAAUCGAGGGCUGGCUUUUGCCUUCACGUCUUCUCCUUAUAUGAUCACUGCUUUUGCGGGACCCAAAGCUGCCGAGGGCUUCUUGAGCAAUGUCAAUUGGAGAUGGGGUUUCGGAGCCUUUGCAAUCAUCGUUCCUGCGAUGACUUUGCCUCUUUUCGUCCUCUUGAAGGUUCAACUUCGCAAAGCGGAACGAGAAGGAAGAUACGUCAAGGAAAGGGGCGGCCGUAGUUUCAUGCAGAGCCUGCAGUAUGGAUUAGUGGCCUUCGAUCUGCCUGGAGUCUUCCUGUUCGCCGCUGGAUUGACGGUCUUUCUACUCCCAUUCACCCUGGCAGCAUCCGCUCCGGAGGGGUGGCAAUCGGGCUAUAUCAUCGCAAUGAUAGUUAUCGGAUUCUUCAUUCUGGUACUCUUCGGCCUGUACGAGAAGUUCUUGGCUAGUGAGCCGUUCAUCAAGAACAAAUUCCUGACAGACCGGACUGUAAUCGGAUGUUGUCUGAUCGAUAUGACGUACCAGAUCUCUUAUUACUGCUGGAACAGCUACUUUACCUCCUUUCUCCAAGUAGUCUCCAAUCUCACGGUUGCGGAAGCCGGAUAUGUCAACAGCACCUUUCAGGUGGUCUCUGGUGUCCUGCUGUUCAUCGUGGGCUACCUGAUACGCCGUACACAGCGGUACAAGUGGGUGUUUUACAUCGCCGUUCCGCUUUACAUCUUCGGCCUCGGCCUCAUGAUCCAUUUCCGGCAGCCGAACCAGUACAUUGGGUACAUCAUCAUGUGUGAGAUCUUCAUCUCCAUGGGCGGGAGUGUAUUCAUUCUGCUGGUUCRGCUGGGCGUACUCGCCGCGGUUGAUCAUCAACACGUCGCAGCUGUCCUGGCUUCCCUAUAUGUCUCAGGUACCGUGGGAGGAGCUAUCGGGAAUACCAUCUCAGGAGCAAUUUGGACAAACACAUUCCUCGGAGCUCUGCAGCGGAAUCUGCCCGAGUCUGCGGUGGCGAACGCUACUCUCAUAUACGCGGAUCUUAAGACACAGCUGUCGUAUCCUGUUGGUAGUCCAGAGCGUAUUGCUAUUCAGGAGUCGUAUGGUUUUGCUCAGACACGAAUGCUGGCGGCAGGAGUGGGUGUAAUGGCUCUGUGUGUCGUCUGGGUCCUGAUGUUGAGGAAUUUGGAUCUGAGCAAAAAGGGCCAGACCAAGGGUAUCGUGCUCUGA